CGGCUGUGGCAGCCGAAGCCGGGGAGCGACUGAGGAGGCUGCGUGUUUCCGGAAGACGUGGCGGCCGCUUCUCCUCCGUCCUCUUUUCUUCUUCUUCUUCGCCCGCCUCACCCCGUUCUGCGCCGGAGCUUCUGAGGCUGCCGCCAUCAUGAUUUCUCUCACGGAUACUCAGAAAAUUGGAAUGGGACUUACGGGUUUUGGAGUCUUUUUCCUUUUCUUUGGAAUGAUCCUAUUUUUUGACAAAGCACUUUUGGCUAUUGGAAAUGUUUUAUUUGUGGCCGGUCUGGCUUUCGUGAUCGGUUUGGAAAGGACGUUCAGAUUUUUCUUCCAGAAACACAAAAUGAAAGCCUCGGGCUUCUUUCUGGGAGGAGUACUUGUUGUUCUUAUUGGCUGGCCCUUGAUAGGAAUGGUCCUUGAAAUUUAUGGUUUCUUCCUCUUAUUCCGGGGCUUUUUCCCUGUGGUGGUUGGUUUUAUUAGAAGAGUGCCGGUUCUUGGGUAUCUCUUGAAUUUACCCGGUAUAAGUUCACUCGUAGACAAAGUCGGCGAAAGCAACAACAUGGUAUAAUGACGAGAGUGCCGAAGACUGGUUCUAAAUUUAUAUUAUUUAUAGUGUCCUUUUUGAAGAAAAGAUGAGCACAAAAGUUCCGGUUGUGUACAAAGGUAACAUUUGUCACAAAGUCUUGAUGCCAGUUUUUAAAUUUACACCACGGUUCAUUAAAAAAAGCACUGUUCGCAACGAAAGACCCCACAAUCGUGCUCCCAGGACUUGUUGCUCCGAGGAUUCAGUGAACUGGAGGAAAAGCCGUGGGCAGAACUGCAGUCUAAAACAACUCAAGAGUUCUUCAUGCUUUUUGGAGUAGAUGCUAAAUGCGGCAAACCCCCCCCCCCCCCCCCAUGCGGGACUAACUGUGCCUGUAACUUGACCUCCUAAUUUUCAAAGGUGUUUAGAGUAAGCAGGGCUUCAUCCGUAAGGCGUCGUCUUUUCUCUUCUUCCACCAGCCAACCUCUCUACCUGUGCUGCUCUCUCAGAAGAAAGCGAAUGCCCAUUUUUGGAUUGCCUGUCAACAGCAAAGAGUCUUACCACAGGUGUAACUUGCAGCAUUUUAAGGUGGAUCGUCAUCUCUAGCCGCGCGCCCCUAGAGGACUUCACUACGCAAUCCUGCUUAUAUACAGUUCUUUGUAAAUAUACGGCUAGAAUAAAGCUUUGUAGGAAAAUGUUUGAAGCCAAA